CUCCCCACCCAAGCCAGUCCCAGAAUGGCGUGGUUUGUGCUCCGAUCGCCCAGCCUGUAACUUAUAGAAUUUUGGUUUUGUUGGGAGUCUUGGACGAAGGAAAUAUAUCACGCCCAAUUGGAAUUUUCGUUAAUUAGUAGUGCAAUUUAAUUAGGUGGGAAAUCCGAAUUAUCGCCGUGAUUGAAAUUGAAUUAAAUAGGUGACGCACCUACGUAAUAAAGAACAAUUUACAUGAGAGCAAUAAUUGGUAAAAGUGUGUUCAACAAUGUGCAAAAUUUUGAAAUUAAUAAUAAAAAACAAUAAUGGCUUCUGAAGUGACUGUGAUUAAAAGUGAAUGCGUCGACAACUCAACACAGGAAUGCAAACCAUGCCCGCUGGCGCUUCUGGCAGCCACCUGUAGCAAAAUCGGGCCUACUUGUAGCGAACAGUCACAGCCGACCGUAACCAUGUCGACGACGCCGACGCCGGUAAAGAGCGUCCCGGUGCAGCAGGGCCAACCGCAGGUGGUGAGCGUGCCCGUAGGCCUCCAACAGCAGCUGCAGCAGCAGCUGCUUCAGCAACAUGGCGCGCAGCUGCUAAGCGCGAACGGACAGAACCUGCAGGCGUACAACGUCAUGCAGCCCAUGCAGACGGUCACCGUCGACGGCCAGGAGGCGCUUUUUAUUCCCGCCAUGUCUUUUGCAGGUGGUCAACAGCCCCAGCAGAUUUUCAGCCAAGGGCAGAUCCUGCGAGCACCUGCAGGAGUGCUACCAGGAAAUUUACAGAACUUGCAGAAUCAGUUGCAGAACCAGUUGCAGACAGUGCAACUGUCAAAUGGUCAAAGCGUGCAAGUGAGGCCUUCGAUGCCGCAGGUGGUGCAAUUCCCCAUGCAACAAACCAUUCCCAUCCAAGUGCCCAUAUCGACGGCCAACGGCCAAACGAUAUACCAGACAAUACAUUUCCCCGUGCAGCUGGCCGCCACGGCCAUGCCCAACAUCAUCCAGGCGCAGCCGCAGCUGAUGCCGCAAAUGGCCAGUAUAAUCACGCCCAACGGCCAGAUACAGCAGCUUCAGAUCGCCACCAGUGCCCCUCAACAGCAACAGCAGACUUCCGUCGCGCAAACCAUGGCCACCGACAGCAUGGCCGGCCAGAAUCUCACCUUCACAGGCUCGAACGGCCAGCAGUUCACCGUGAUACCGGCCGCGGGGUUGCAGCAAGUCAGGGGCACCAACAUAUCAAACAUCAUUCAGAUGCCCAACAUACAGACCAUACCCAACACGACCAUACAAAAUAUACCAGGUUUGGGAAACGUGCAAGUGAUAACUCAGCAGGCGGCCGCCCCGCAAAUAAGCGUGGGGCAGCACAUCCAGCAGGACCCCAGCGACCCGAACAAGUGGCAGGUGAUACCGAACGUGCAGGUGGCGGCGCAAACCGCCGUUCACUCGCCCAUACAGCCGCAAGCGGGCGUCACGGUGGUGACGACGUCGCCGCCCGACAUCAACAACACGACGCCUACCGGCGAGAACAGCAACGACGGCAUGCAGAAGCGCGUGCGCAGGGUGGCGUGCACCUGUCCCAACUGCAAGGAGGGCGAAAGACACACGGACAGGAAAAAGCAGCACAUUUGUCACAUAGCAGGCUGCAACAAGGUCUACGGCAAGACCAGCCAUCUGCGGGCGCAUCUAAGGUGGCACACCGGUGAACGGCCUUUCGUAUGCACGUGGCUGUUUUGCGGGAAGAGGUUCACGCGAAGCGACGAGCUGCAGAGGCACAGGAGAACGCACACGGGCGAAAAACGCUUCCAGUGCAACGAGUGCAGCAAAAAGUUCAUGCGCAGCGACCAUCUGUCCAAGCAUCUCAAGACGCAUCAGAAACAGCGGAUCACGGAGGCUGCAACUUCCACACAGUCAGCGUCAUCGGACAGCUCAAGUAACGAUGACAAUAAGAUGAUGAUAACAAUAAGCACUUCAGAGGCGGAUGAACUGAUUAUUGCCGAUCCUUUGGAUUGUUAAUUAACUAAUUAUAUUUACACUAUUACUUUUGUAUUAGAUCGACUAAAAUAAUAUACCUAAAUCAAAUUAUACGCAUUGUUUGACGCAAUUACGUCGACAUGAACUGUAAAACUAGUUCAUUUCGACGAUGAUAUGUUGACAAUUUUUUGUAGAUAAAUCUUCGAUUUUGUUUAAUAAUUUAAAUUUUAUAGGCAUGUUAUUAUUUAUUGUACAAACCAUGUAAAGUUCCUUGUAAGAUAUUUUUAUAUAAAAUGUUUCAUUUAAGUAAUACGACUUUUAUUUUGGGUAAUUAAACAGAAAUAUAUCAUAAAAUAUUUUAAUAUUUCAAUAAAAACAAUUUAAUUAAAAUAACAAAAUAUUUUUCAAAUCGCUAAUGAAGAUAUAACAUUAUAAACUUUUACCAUAUAAAAAAUCUUAUUAAUAUAAAACAAUUAUUGUCCUAGAUUUUUAAAUAAAUAAACUUCCAAAUAAUAAUUUAAAAAAUAGCAAUGAUUGAUUAUUAGCAACAAUUUUUCAGUCGAAAAGUUUAACAAAAAAUCAAAAUUGCAAAUUAACCAUAUGGUUAUACAGGGUGUUUCAUAAUAUAUGCGCAGGACUUCAGGAUAUGAUAGCUCAUCCAAAAAGAUGAAAAAAGUCGCUAUUAA